AGCAACCAGUCGGACCUUCUCAUGGAAGUAUUCAUCCUUAUAAAAAUGCUUUGGGAAUAUGCUCAUCAUUGAAGUCUAUAUUAUUUUGACACUUGAUAAAUAUUUAUUGCUGAUGUUUGCGGAUGUUUUCUUUUCCAUGAUAAAAGUGCCAAAGAAGACUUGCCAACAAGUUUCCCUUAAAGGAAUUAGAGCUGACCACAAACAGUCAUUGUACGGAGGAAUAUCAUGAUCACAUGGUUAUUACUGGUCUCACUGUUCUGCAAGAGCACACAAGAUGGACAUGGCCAAGAAAAUGGUGUUUUGCAUUAUGGGCCUCAGAAUCUGACACUUACCAGCUCUGACCAGAUGAUCCUGUUAACAUGGGAGGACGACCCUUUUUGCUCUGCAUCAGACGAUGUGUCGAUCUAUGAGGUGGUGGUUCCCACAGCAGACAAGCAAGUACAUUACGAGGAAGUUGCUGUGCCACCUGACCAGAUAGGAUCUACUCACUCCUGGAACUGGAUGUCCCAUUUGCCAUUAGAGUGCGUUUACCAUUUAGUCAGGCUCAGGUCCCGAUGCAGAAACGAUACAAGCCCAUGGAAACAAGUUCAGGCUCUUCCUGGGAUAGAAAACUCAAAAAGGCCACAGGUUUUUCCAUGGGACAGAGCGUUUAAGGUUGGAAGUAGAGUCGUCUUCUGCUGCAUUCUGCCAGCAGGGAAAAUCUUUAACAGAAUGUAUCUGAUGGGGUAUAAUGAUUCUUAUAUGAACACUACCAAGAUCAACAAUCAGACAUAUACCCUGACUGUCCAGCUAAACGGAGCAUCAAGAGGCAGUUGCACCAAUGUAAUAUGUGAAACAAACACAUCUCUCAAUGGAGCUUGUGCGUAUGUUGGCUACCCCCCUGGUGACACGGAUCUUCAGUGUGAAACCCGAAAUCUGCAGUCAGUUGAAUGUCACUGGACAGUAGGAAGAGACACACACCUGUCGCUCAAGAGUCCAACAGUUUAUCAGCUACUUGGAAGCAAAUGUGAAAAUGGGUCUAUGGGGAGAUGCAAGAUGGAAGUACAAGUGGAUGCUGGUGAGAGAAACUGGACAUUAACAGCACAAAAUACUCUUGGGAAGGUGCAGCUCUCAGAUUGUGCAGACCUGACUAAAAGAGUGCACAUGAUCGAGCCAAAGGGAAUGACAGCUUCAACUGUGAAUGCCAGAAAUGUCACCCUGGAGUGGGAGUGGACGGUGCAACAGUACAAUGAUCUCAAUAUAACAUGCGAAGUAAACGUUAGCCAUGGGGAAAGAAAUACCAUUAGGGAAAACAAUGGAGUUGGCCUUCAUUUUGUAGUUUUGAAUGACUUGAUUCCACACUGGGCAUAUAACGUGACAGUACGAUGUGGAACAACGCAACAUUUCUGGAAAUGGAGUGACUGGAGCACAAGCAUCAACUUCCUCACAAAGGGUGAUGUUCCAGAUGCUCUUGAUGUGUGGAUGCAGGUGAAGGGUAACCAAACUAUAAUUAUUUGGAAAAUGCCACUGGCCAACCAGAGUCAUGGUGAUAUCAAAGUCUAUGAAGUGACAUGGGCGAAGACCACAGAGAGAGAACGACAAAACAGGACCGAACUUCACAACAAGCACAGACUUGAGCUCAGUCUGGACACCACUGUGGAUUAUAUUGCCACAGUUGCAGCUUGGAAUAUAAAUGGUAGCUCAUCCCCAUCAACCAUCACCAUCCCCAGCCGCAGUCCAGAGUCUUCAAGCAGAGUAGAAAGAGUGAAUACUUCCUGCAUCAUUGGCAGCAAUGGUUGCUUCAACCUGUCCUGGUCUUCCAGUCCUACAGCCAGCUGUGGCUACAUUGUGGACUGGUGUCCUACCAUAAAGCAAUGCAAGGUGGAUUGGCUGAAAGUGCCUCCAAAUGAAACUAGUGCCAGAAUAUGUUCAAAAAGGUUAAAUGCCGGAGUGAUGUACACAUUAUCUGUAUAUGCUUGCACCCAAGUAGCUCCAGUGCUACUAGAAAGAAGAGAGGGUUAUAUCAGCGAAAAAAGAAUAGAAGAUGGCCUCUUUAAAUCUUUGAAAUGGAAACAGCAGGAUUCAGAUGUUCAGGUAUCCUGGGACCCUAUAAAUCUAAGAGAGCAGUCAGCUUUCAUCCAAGGCUAUGUUCUAUAUUGUUUGGACAACAACAACAACAAAGUCAUCAUUGUCAACACAGUUAAUCCUGAGGCCACCAACCUGACAGCAAGAAAUCUUGAUAUCAGUUCCUACACAUUCACAGUGAAGGCACAGACUGCAGUUGGAGAAUGUGGCACAACAUUCUUUACUGCCACUUUAAAUUCACUGACUGAUAACUUGGUCAAGCUCGUCUUCAUAUCCCUGGUCACUGUUUUUAGUCUCCUUUCCCUCAUCGCUAUCCUUUGCUACAGACACUGGACAUGGAUCAAACAGAAAGUCUAUCCUUCAAUCCCAAAGCCAGUGUUGAGGUUGCCAUCACCGGAUGGAAACAGCUGCCAUCCUCUUUUCCUGGAUCAGAGUCACCACAGUGAAGCAGAUAUUGUGGAUGUUUCAGAGCUGCAUUGUAACUCAGUAGCACUUGAGUAUGCCAGUCAAGAGAACAAGUUUUUUGUUUUUUCACAAACUGCGAAGGGUUAUUACAACCAGCCCCUGAAAAAGUAUAUCCCUUCAUCCCUCACUUUACCCAUUACAUCCAACCCAUCUCAGUCAGGGUCACCAUCUACUCAAUUCAAAGGCGUAUUUCCUAACCCAUCAUACAACCUGAUAAUGCAGUCUGGGGAUCGUCACUCCAACUCUUGUCCUGAGCUUCAGGAGGGCACACAUAUGGAAAAUAGCUCUAAUGGAUACCAUCCUCAGAGAAACACAGACACCUUUACCGUAAACCAGACAGCAGAGGAUCCAGAAAGUCCUGUGUCCUGUGUCUCCACUUACAUUUUAUUACCGCAGGCAGCUCCACAAAGCUGCUGCAUGCACAGCCAAUAUAGUGAAUAGAAAAAACUGCAUUUGUACAGGGCUUUUCUAGUGUACACUGACCACUCAACAUGCACACAUGCACACAGCAGCAGGAGCAAUCUGGGCUUCAGUUGGCAAAGGACACUUUGACAUGCAUCCUGGAGGAGACCAUCUGCUUGGUGGACAACCUGCUCUACCUCCUGAUCCUCAAAUAACAAUAACAGUAAAUACGAUGGAUAUACAUAUAAAUACAUAUAUGUAGGUUUAUUUUUGUCCUUGUAACAUUUUCAAACAUUGUUUAAACUGAUUCACAUAUUUCUUUAUGUCAUAAUCUGUAUAUAUUAAGGUGAAAUACAACACAAAUAUAAUAACAAAGUGUCUUUAUGCAGUUUAUUGUUCAGUCAAUAAACUGAACAAUAAGUUUAUUAUUACCAAUCUAUAUUUGGUAAUAGUGAAAACAAACAUUCUGUCAGAAAACAAAAAUUGAAAAUGAAUUUUUUGUUAUUUCUAUACACACACACACACCAAUUGCAAUGUGGGAUUACAAGGCACUGUGUCCAUCAAUUUCUGUACCUGUCUGAAAUCAGCAGUCUGAUAUUCACAUCACCUUCACUCCAUGAUUGGCCAGCUGUGUGGUGGUGACAACAGAACUUAAAGUUGCCCCCACCCUCGAUGCCUAGCCUCCAUGUUUGAUGCAAGCUGGAAAAGUGCCCUAUGGGAUUUCCCUUUUGGAGAUGAAACUUGAUAAAGUGUAUGCUACGGUGACCCAAAGUGCUAGAAAAUGCAAUGGCGUGCCCCCUAGAGUGCUUUUGCAGUGGGAAAAAUGUGAAAAAUUGCCCUGUGGAGUGCUUUUCCUUCUUUCUUAUUUGGCCUGUGCGUGCCUCUAAAAGUAAAAUCUAGUCUUAAUCAGGGUUUUGGAACUGUUUCACCAUAAAUGCAUCAAAAUCCAUACCUGUGUGUGAACAGAUUAAUUACAAGAAGACAUUUUGUGUUUGAAGCUCGUGAACUGCUGUAUGUAUCUCAAAUAGAAUGGGAAAACCCUUGUGUCCUAAUUUUGGGUACUGAUGCAUCUUCUACUCAAAGUAUCAAAUACAAUAAUUCGGUGUAUAAAACAAAAUCAUAAAUCUAUGACACUGCGUAAUCGCAUCAGCUCAGUUUAGUAUUAAUUGUGAAAUAAAUGUGGAGUUACAGGCAGGACAUGUUUUCUGGUAAUUGUGAGUCACAGUGGCCAGAUGAGACAUAUGUGACUUACAUUCAGAAUAUUUUGGUACUUGGAAAUGACCAAUAGUGAAACUGAGAUACUGAAGCUAAAACAUUGCUCAAAUCCAGAGGAUCUUUUUUAAAAAAAAUUCUAGCAGAGAUUGUAAUGUUUGCAAGUACAAAGUAUGUCAGGCAAAAUCUUAGGAGAAAUGAUACAGAAAAAAUUUGGAAUAGUUCCAUUUCAUGAAAUGGUACAGACAUUCAGUCUUGGUAGGGCCAUGGCUACCACUCAGGACACAAAAUUGUUUACAUGUCACAAUUUUCUGAGAGUAGGUGUGUUCAUUGGGGCACCUUGUACUGAUGACCCACGUAUUUCUAAAAUUAAAAAUGAGGCCAGUGUGAUUUGUCAAAAACUGCAACUCCUCAAAUGGCCACUUGAGGUUGGCUCUAAAAACGAGUCAGUCUCCAUAGACCAUCGGCAAGGCCAGUUCACUGCAAUAUUUCUGCAAGCAAGCUUCUCAAUAAGACAUACUUUUGUCAUUGCCAUAUAUUCCAUUAUCCCACAACAAUCAUACCUUGGUUGAUACAGUUUUCUCUGAAUCAGUACAAUCUCUGCAUCAUUAAAUCCUGCCAGUUUCCUCAGAGUCUUCACUGGAUCAUCAGCUGGUUUUCCAGUUUGCUGAAGCAUUUGCAGAGCUUCUCCAAUAAACAUCUGAUUGUCUUUGUUACUGAAACAGAAAACAGGUACAUAUUAAGUCAUUUUUUUGUCGGCUAUCCUAACCAAUAUGUGAUGAUUUCUGUAUUGUACACUAGAGGGAGCUAGCACUACAUUACUGAUGAGAUGAUUCUGUGUGGACUGUGACUGAACUGAAACACAGUAUGGGGUCAGGGGCAGAAAGUAGCUAAGUACUGUACUUAAAGGCCCAGUGUGUAGUAUUAGUAGUUAGUAGCAUCUAGCAGCGAGGUUCCAGACUGCAACCAACUAAACAUCCCUCACCUCACCCUUCCCUGUGGUGGGUGAGACAAACACAAAAGGCACCACUUUGGAAACAUGGCAGUGCAGCAUGGUGGACUGGAAAGGACCCUCUCCCUCAGCGGCUAUAAAGAGCUCAUUCUAAGGUAACAAAAACAAAAAAAAAUCUUACUUGUACUGUACUUGUGAAUUUCCAUUUUAUCUCACUGACUGCUUCUUCCACCACUAGUUACUGUUUAUCAGUACCAUACACCGCAUUUAUAAAUACAACUAGAAAACAGCAAUGAUCACUAUAAAAGUUCCACUGAGCACAAGAAUAUGUAGCAACAUUAUUCCACUUACUGUUUUAGCAGUUGUUUUAUCAAUUAAAGUAAAAAGCUGCACCUCAAUCAUUUAAAUUUGAAACACAGCUGGGUGCUGUAGUUUUUCACAAUGUUACUCAGGAGGAAAUAGUCCAUUUGUUGGGGAGUAUUUUCAGUGGGAGAUUAAUCUACAUUUGGUGCUCUAGCGAGUGUAUAGGGGCAGCAGGAAGGUGCAUAUGGGACUGAAUUAAAAUAAACUUGUGCAUGACGUGGUCAUGGUAAUAAAGGAAUGUGUCACCCAGUGCAACAGGUUUAUGUGAUGAUUCUCUGUGUUCAGUCAUCACCACACAAUCAUAAAGCUCCUCCCAAUUAAUUUUGUUGUUAAAUGUUUCUUAUUUGUAACAUGUGCAGGGUAAAAUUACUUCUUAUUUUGGAUGUUUCACAAUUAAAGCGGUUUUAAAUAUUUAACACUUUCAGUCUCCACUUUUCUCUUGUCGACACUCUGUCUCCCUUUCUCUUCUUCUCCAUCUCUUGCACAGUGUAAUGUCAUCAUGCCUGUUUAUU